UUGCAGGCGGGGUUUCCACUGUUUUCUUCCGGAACGCCACUGUCAUCAAAAAAUGGCUUCUCUUGACAGGGUAAAAGUAUUAGUUUUAGGAGAUUCCGGGGUGGGCAAGUCUUCCUUGGUACAUCUUCUAUGUCAGAAUCAGGUGUUAGGAAACCCCUCAUGGACUGUUGGUUGUUCUGUGGAUGUGCGGGUCCAAGACUACAAGGAGGGAACCCCGGAGGAGAAAACCUACUACAUUGAACUGUGGGAUGUUGGAGGAUCUGUUGGUAGUGCCAGCAGUAUCAAAAGCACCAGAGCUGUUUUCUACAAUUCAGUCAAUGGAAUCAUGCUGGUACAUGAUUUAACAAAUAAGAAAUCCUCUCAGAAUCUCUACCGUUGGUCAUUAGAGGCUUUAAACAGGGAUUCCUCUCCAACAGGAGUUAUUGUCUCAAAUGGUGACUAUGAUAGAGAACAGUUUGCUGAGAACCCAGUGCCUCUGCUGCUGAUUGGCACUAAGUUUGACCAGAUCCCAGAGAACAAACGCAAUGAAGUUCUCACUCGGACAGCCUUCCUGUCUGAAGACUUCAACGCAGAAGAAAUCAAUCUCGACUGCACCAACCCAAGAUACCUUGCUGCAGGAACUUCAAAUGCUGUGAAGCUUAGCAGGUUCUUUGACAAGGUAAUAGAGAAGAGAUAUUUCACAAGAGAUCCAAGCCAGAUGACGGGUUUUCCAGACCGAAAACGUUUCAACUUCAAAAGUUUGCACUAUGACUGAGAAGCUGUGAACACAACAGAAGUCUGUGGUUCGGCCGUUUUCCACCACAAGUAAACCAUCAAACUUGCUGUUAUACUUUCUGUACCUGCUCACUACAAUUUCAUCUUCAGUUCUUCAGAACACUUUUUAUUCCGCUGCCAUGCAAAAUCUUAAACUUGUGCCGUGAAUAUAGACUCAAUAUUAAUAAUAAUAGAAUAGUUAACAAGACUUGUUAUUUUACAAAAGGGAGUAAAACACAUUUCAGAAAUGAAGAAACAUGCUAAGCAAGGUGAUGUAAGCAAGAACUAUAAAUCUACAGUGAGAUUUUAAAUCAAGUUUUUAAUUCCACAUUUGUUUUGUACAGUCACAUGUAAAAAAUUUACAUAUCCCAGCUUCAUCAAUUCUUUUUUCCAAAACUAAGACCAUUAAUUCUCAAAAUGUUUGCCUUGUUAUUUAAUAAGCGAGGAAAGAACAAUGUUCUUGGCCCCUGAGUGGCAGCUCAUGCGACAUUCCCCGGUCCCUUCAUCACUUUUUGGAUCCAGGGGAGGAAGAAACUGACUUUAGUGAAGACAUGUGGAUACUUGGGGUUGUUACAGUCGCCUUUUGCGGUAAAAGCUGUAAUACCCUGAGGCUUGGAGUUGCAGAGAAGUGGUCCACCUGAAUCACCCUUAGAAAAAAACAACAGAAAGAGUUGAUUGAGUACACAGCAAAACUUUUUGAUUAAUAAAAGAAACCAAAUUUC